AUGGUUCAACUUAAGAGUUUCGCAGUUAUUGCUACCACCCUCCUUGGCUGUUGUCUAACAGCACCUACAACUCCUUCUGGCGUCGAUAGCACAAUCCCUGGCAGCUACAUCAUUACCCUCAAGUCUGAGAUCAAGGCUCCUGCAGUUAAGGCUCAUAUGAAAUGGGUUGAAGGCGUCCACAAACGAAGUCUCGAGAAGCGUGAUGGCGACAAUGGUGUUGAGAAGACAUUUGAGACCGAGGCUGGUUUUCACGGAUACUCUGGUACAUUCGAUGAUGAGACGGUUAAGCAGAUCAAGCAGAGCCCUGAGGUCGUCCGCGUUGAGCCUGACCGUAGAGUCAAGUUAACAUGGAACGCUUCCAAGCGUCAAGAACAACCCGUGGAACCAGCACCACCAGCAGAAACGACAAGUCAAGAAAGCGAGGACACUGAAGAUGAGGAUAAAAAUGAUCAGCUUGAAAAGAGGAGCGAAAUUAACCAAAAGUCAAGCACAUGGGGCCUCGGAACCAUUUCACACCGUAACAAGGGCUUCCAGAACUAUCUCUACCACAAACAAAGCGGUUCUGACUCGUUUGCCUACCUUGUUGAUAGCGGUGUCCGUAUCACCCAUAAGGAGUUCCAAGGCCGGGCCAAGAAUGGCUGGACAGCCUUCCGAAAAGAUUAUGUUGACCGACUGGGUCAUGGUACUCAUGUUGCUGGAACCAUUGCGGGAAAGACCUUCGGAGUCGCUAAGAAGGCUAAGAUCAUUUCCGUCAAAGUCUUUCAGGGCGACUCUGCAGAUCUCUCCGUCAUUCUCAACGGUAUUGAGUGGGCCGUCAACGAUAUCAUCAAGAAGGAAAGGCAAGAGUUCUCUGUGAUCAACCUCUCUCUUGGCAUCGACGGUGUAUCUGGGGCGCUCAACGACAUUAUCAAGAAUGCCGCCAAGUCCGGAGUCAUAUUUGUGGUCGCCGCCGGAAACCAGGGAACAAAUGCCAAUACGAAAUCUCCAGCUUCAGCCCCUCAGGCCAUUACUGUUGGAGCCAUUGACAAGAACUGGAGAAUCCCCAGCUGGUCCAACUACGGCAGCUCUGUAGAUAUGAUGGCUCCAGGUGUCGAUGUAGUUUCCGCCUCGUGGCUCAGCGACAACGGCACCUACAUUGAGAGCGGCACCUCAAUGGCCACUCCUCAUGUUUCUGGUCUUGUGCUGUAUGCACAGUCCGUGUACGGCAUUACCGGUGUUGAUACCACAACCAAGUACAUCAAGAAGUACGCCACCAGCAACAAGGUCGUUGGUAGCCGCCGAGGCUCACCAAACCUGAUCGCCAACAACAACAACUUUGCUCAAAGCAGAUGA